CAGUGCUUACCUGAUAAUUGUUAUCUGUAAUACUCGUCUUAAUUGCAUAUCAUUAUAUCGGGGCUUGUACUGACAAAGCAGAGGGCCCCACUUUCUCCAAUGCCAUUCAACAUUCAAAUCUUCUACAUCCGUCAUCACUUGCAGUCUGCCAUUCCCAACUGGAAUAGUUUUUGGACAUCCCAAAAUCUCCCUAUCACUACUAAGUAAAGAGUGAUAAACCAGAAAUGAUUCCCCAGCUCCACUAAUUUAGUCUAUAGACUAAGAAAUAUAAGCGCAAAUAUCUCAAUCUGGCUGGAAUACUUUGGUCUCGAAGGCCGGGUCCAACGACGGAUGCCGCCGAUGCGACGAGUGUCCCUAGGAGACUAGUCUCUCGCGACACCAUGGCCGAGCCUUCCGUUCAGCCUCACUUGACGCCGCAGUUUUGCUUCUCGACUAUAGCUCUCAGAGACUUCCUCCGGAUAUCUCGAAGUGCGAUAGACGAUUCAAUUACGCAAAACCUCAAUGCUCUUGUGACGCCUUCUCAGUCGGGCUUUGAUCCUGCCUCAACCUCUGUUCGCAUACCGCGAGCUCCAAGUCGGUCUAUUGAUCCUCGAUCAUGCCAGGCGUUCAAGGACAAGGUCUUAUUUCCUUCAUGGCAAGCAAGAGCGGAUGUCUUGACUUAUUGCGCAUAUGUGGCGACAAGCCCAGACCCAGAUGAUCCGGAGGUUGGCCUGCGAGAACGUGAAACGGAGAAGAACCGCGAGCGAGUUGUCGAUGAGAGGUUAGAUCCGUAUUCCGCACGAUAUUUCCCCCGGGAACCUCGUACGGAGCAAUUAGCAAACUUGCUCCGACAAGAAAGGGGUAUCGAAAACAUUGUUCGCUCUCGAACGUGGGGUUUAGUACGGGAGCGUUGCGGAGACAGCUUCCAAGAUGCCGAGGAAGCCCUCAAUCGCUGGAGAGCAGAGAGGGAACGUCGCAGUACAUAAUCACGAUAUAAAACAGGAAAAGUACAUAAGUAUAUAUGUCGGUGGCCUCAUAUCGUGGCGUGGGUAAGUGCCUACCUCUUAGGUAUUUUCCUGCACUGCGUCCUUGAAUUGGCCACGUUUUUACCCUCACCACUACAAUGUAAUAUACCAAACCGUAUAAACCUUAAGCUAUCCUCUAUUUGUUUCGUUGGUGUAAGGACUGUUCAUAUAUCCCUGAGAUGGAUGUUCUCUAAGUAUCUAUGUAAGCACUGAACACUCCGAUGUCCCACAUUAGUAUAGGGAGACGUUUACUGGCUGAUAUCUAAGUAUACCGCAUAUAAAAAUAAGCCGUCUUUUUAGUUGCAUUGGUGGAUCGGUCAAUCAUCGGUAGAAUCAAGCUCUGUUUUUUCGC